AUGGACCCAGAAGGCUUCCAAAGUUCUCCUCUAAACAUCAUCUAUGUUCGCCCAGCUUUGAUGCUGCUGUCCUCGCAGCUUGUCCCAGCCACAGCCGGCUCGGUGGAGAGGCAGCCUGGGCUACACACUCACCAGCAGUCUCCAAGGCUCCUUGCUUCUGCCCGGGGGGCCGGGCGUCGGCCCCGGUCGCCUCCCGAGGGCGCACACAGUCCUCGCUGGUGCGCGCACCACCAGGGGGGCGGCGACGGGUCACCGCAGAAUCAGCUCCGGGGCUGUGCGCGGCGUCUCCCGGGAGGCAGCGGCUGCGGAACCGGCUUGCUGGCGAGCGUGCGGCUGCUGUGCUCCCAGCGGCGGUUGGAAGCGCCGGCGACGCUGUGCGCGCCGCUGCCGGACGCCCGGCCUCAACCUGCCGAGGGCGGGGCGCGGGGCGGGGCCCGGCGCGGGGCGGGGCGGGGCCGGGAGGCCAGGGCAGGGCGGGGAGAAGGGUGCGGGCGGACUCAAGCCUUCCCUCCUCUGUACCUGUCCCCCACUACCCCGCCACCCCCGGACCCGCAGGACUGGCGGCGGGGCUGCGUGCGGGCUCUUAGAGGACAAAGGACACCCACGGUCACCUCCCAAUCCCACCUCUCCCCGGUGGUGGCUUCUUGUCAGAGGCCAAGCCGGCUGGGGCUCCCCUCAAGCACAAAGAAAAGUGGCGGGGUGCUCCCUUUAAAGAGGGGACCCCGGAGCGUGGCCGCCCGUACGGUGCGGGAGAACAAUGGGACUCCGCCCGCACCGGGGACCCUCGUGCACACCCUCGUGUCCCCGCCUCUCCCUGUCCUACCUAACCCACCUAAGCAGUGUGGGGCUUCGCAGCGGAAGAAAGGGGACCUGCGGAGGGGAAAGAAGGGUCACCUGACCGGGUCGCCGCAGCUCCCUGGGGACCCCCUGGCAGCUGUGGCUCUCGGGAGGGAAGAGGAGGGUCGCGUGCUGUCAAUGUGCAGCCCGCUCCCCUUGCAAGCUGUCGCCAAAACGUGGAGCGCGGAUCCGCCGCGCGGGAGACGCGGGGCUGGAGGCUGAGAGCCUGCGGGACGCAGAGAAACGCAGACGCAGCAGGCUUUUCCUGUCGGGAGGAAGGCGUCUCCUCCCCUCCAGUCCGCCUGGUUGGAGACAGGAAAAGGUGGCGUUUUCCGGCGUUGAGGUCCCCGCCGGCUUGGUUGACCUGGAAAGGGAGCUGGAACCCUGAGGAGUCGCACGCUCCGGGCCUGGCCCCAACCCUGGGACUCUCAGGUUGUCUGGAAAUCCUGGCACUAAGCGGAGCGCCCCCCUGGAGACCUUGGCUUCCCCGAGCGCUAUUGGCUUUAGGUCAUCACAAGGGUGCCCCAGAAUCCGAAUCGCUCUGAAACCUUAGAUGGGGUGCAUUUUAAGCCCAGGUUCUAAACCAAGGUCGACGUUAAGAUGAAUUUUAAAAGGAAACGGACACAACUGUUCGGGAAAGCAAAAUACUUGGGUGGAGUGUUAAAAGCCUCAAAGAAAAUAAUAGUUGGCAGGUUAAACGGCCAUGAGGUCGGAAGUCAAAUACAAACCCGCAGAAGUGAUACCAGAAUUUUGACAAGCAAAACAGUCGGUGAAGAUAAGGGACCCGGCACUAUUUCCUUUCUCCAAAUGACCGACUGCUCCGAAGUUGCCUUUGGCAGAUACCUGGGUUCCACUCCAGAUUCCUCAGUUUUACUUGGGGUUCAUAUUUCAAAAUAUAUGUUCCAUUUGGCACUAAUGUAUAUAUUUUAUAUAUGAAUUUAUUGAAAAAUAUUAAAUGUUACUAGCCUAGUUAGAUAAAGGUAUUUUUAUAAAUAUUUAGGCACAGCUUUCAUUACAUAUGGUAUUUUAAAAAGUACAAAUAUGCAUGUAUAGACAUUUAUGAAAUGCUGUAUGAAAAUUCCUUUUGCACGCAUGAAGACAUUCCUUACACACAUGUCUUAUUGUGAUUUUUUCAUUUGUUCUAUUGUUAGCUGCCAUUAAAAGCAGUCCAUUUCCA